GAGCGGAGCGGAGGGGCUGUGGUUUCCGCUGCCCCAGCUUCCGUCCCGCCGCCGGCAGCUCGCAGCUCCGGGCCUGUAACGAGCGGGCAGUGCCGCGCUGCCGUUGUGGGACCGCUCUUGGGGCGCUCGGAGGGUGAUCGGCUCCGCUGGGAGGGUGAGGGGCGGGCAGCGAGGCCGGGUAGCGCCUCGGAGGCCAGCGCGUUCCCUUCUCUUCCAGGACAGCCAGGCCUUUAGGCGAGAGGGAGCCCAGCGUCUGCAAUGGCCACUGUGCUCUGUAACAGAGCAAGAUUGGUCACCUACCUACCAGGGUUUUAUUCCUUAGUCAAAAGAGUUGUAAAUCCCAAGGCUUUUUCUACAGCAGGUUCCUCUGGCUCAGAUGAGCCUCAUGUUGCUGCUACACCUCCUGAUUUAUGUCCAAGAACUGUCUGGCCAGAUGAAGUAAUGGGUCCAUUUGGUCCUCAGGACCAGAGAUUCCAGUUGCCUGGUAAUAUUGGGUUUGACUGUCACCUAAAUGGCACUGCCUCUCAGAGGAAAAACCAAGUUUCAACAAGUCUGCCUGAUAUAUUAGCAGAGCCUUCUGCCAGUGAAAGGCAUGAAUUUGUAAUGGCCCAAUACAUGAAUGAAUUUCAGGGUGCUGAUGCUCCACAGAAACAGCAAAUCAACAAUGCUGAAAGCUACUUUGAAAAUGCAAAGGUUGAGUGUGCAGUGCAAGCUUGUCCUGAGCUGCUACAAAAAGACUUCCAGUCAAUGUUUCCAGAGGUGAGUGCCAACUGUUUGACAGUAUUAACUGUCACCCAGAAGACUAAGAAUGAUAUGACUGUGUGGAGUCAAGAAGUGGAGGAUGAGAGAGAAAUGCUGUUAGAAAAUUUCAUUAAUGGUGCCAAGGAGAUAUGCUAUGCAAUUUGUUCUGAAGGCUACUGGGCUGACUUCAUUGAUCCAUCCUCAGGAUUGGCAUUUUUUGGCCCUUACACCAACAACACUCUGUUUGAGACAGACGAGCGCUACCGCCACUUGGGCUUCUCCAUCGACGACCUGGGCUGCUGCAAGGUUAUUCGGCACAACAUCUGGGGCACUCACGUGGUGGUAGGAAGCAUCUUCACCAAUGCUGACCCUGACAGCCCCAUCAUGAGAAAACUACGUGGAAACUAGGAGCCAGCAGGGGUUGUCACAACUCCUCCUGACCUCCUGUGUUGUUCUACUUGAUUCUCACCAAGCCUCGUCAGGAAACGCCACAGGUUGAAGCAGAUAAUAGAGUAGCUGUUAUUUAUUGUAAUCUCUGUGAGUAUAUGCCCACCACAUGUGACUUAAAAGAUACUGAUUGAUGACAUUCAGGCAGAUGCUUUUUAUGUGCCACAUGAAUUUUGAGCUGGGAGUUUUCCUCCCUCUUGAAGGAGCUUAAAGCUACUUGCACGUAGCUGUCUGCACUCCUUUUGUUCUCUGAUGGUACCUUCCAAGCCACACUGCUGAACCAGUUUGUCUCACAGUGUCUGAUAAAUCUCUGCUCCUAGGAUUAAAAGUCCUGAUUUUCAUUUUCACCAA